UUCCUCACAAUACUGCCAUUUACACCCCGUCACCUUGCUACUCAAUAAUUUAUCCCUACUAUAUCAACAACGGAUGAAUACACUUCACUGUAAGUUAUAUUUGAGUGUAGUGACCAGUGUCGUCCAGUAGGAAACGCUGUAACAGCUAGAGCUCGACUUGGCUUGUGGAACAAUCCAGAGACAACAGGGCUGGGCAGCUGGCUGGUGAGCCUCACCCAGCCAUUUAAGGCAAGCAGGCUUCCCACGCUCUGACUCACACAUACACACUCUCUCGCACACAUACACUCCCGCCGGUUGUCUGGAUCACAUCUCAUGCCGGGAAGACUACCUUGGUAUUCAUCUCUGAACAGGAGAGCAGUGUCAAGUCAGUGCUGCCGAGGAAUCCAGACGAACGGGAAGGAACGGCCAGGCUCGUUGCUCCCCCGGAGGAAAACGUGGAAGUCAUUAAAGUUUACCUAGAGAACAGACCCGAGACGGCGGACAGCGUCAGGAUGUUGACAGACGAGGUGUCACAGAUACAAGAGGUGAGGUAUUGUCUGAAAACUUUGAGGGAGCAGAUGGCAGCAAGACAAAAUAAUAACAUCAAGAAGUAUCCCGCCAAUGGCUACACAGUCAGCAACAUAACACCCAUCACUAACGGCAACAACAAUUGCAACUACGCUGACCAAAACGAGGGCGUCGAUAAUCACGUACAGAACUUGAGAGAGGAAACCAAGCGUCUCUACGCCCAGAUAAAGGCCAUGGAGAGUCGGCACCGGGAAGAGAGAGAGCAGCUGCAGAUGGAGUCUGAGGAGCAGCAGGCGCGUCUGGCAGCGCAGUCAGAGCGUCUCCAGCAAGCGGAGAUGGAGUCCGCAGAGCGAGGCCGGCGUGUAGAGGAGUUGCAAAGGUUGCUGGGAAACAUGGAGGCCGAGAGCGGGCUCCUGCAGGACAAAAUGGCCGCCGGACAGGCAGAGCUACUGCAGCUUCGGGCCGACAACGGGGAAGGGAAGGAGAAAGAAGACAGGUGUAGCCAGUUGGAGACUGAAGUUGCUCUACUGAAGGAGAAGAUCCACCACCUGGACGACAUGCUCAAGAGUCAGCAGAGGAAAGUGCGCAACAUGAUUGAGCAGCUGCAGAAUUCCCGCACAGUCUUGCAGGAGCGAGAUCGAGUCAUCGGGGAUUUGGAGGAGAAAGUGGCCUUCCUGGAAGCUGAGAACCGAGAGUUGCACGACCACAUGGAGCACUUCCUGUCAGGCCAGGACCCACCCCCCCUAAAAAGUGCAGAGAACAAGCCGGUUGUCAUCUACAGCAAACCAUUGAUGCCAUCCACACACAGCAACAAGUCCCUCCCUUUCAUCAAAGUCAUCGAGAUCAAGUCAUAAAUGAUGAAUAACGAUUUAUCACGGCCUGUAAAUACUGUAUGUACUUAACGAGUGCUUUGAAUCACACUGCUCAGAAUUGCAUAUUUCCCUCUAACACUGAAUCGAGUGCAAAUAUAACGACUGUAUAGACAUAAUAGUGUAAACCGGAGUGACUACUGAGUUGUAUUCAAUGUUAAUUUAAAUGUAUAUACGGUAUGCACUCAAGUGCACUCACUGUUUCUGUACUAAAUAAGUGAAUAAAUUAAGAUUUCAAAUACCAA